CUCACCGCCGCGCGAAGACAUCUCGCCAUCGCUUGUCAGUGUCGCUCUUCUCGUCCCCACGCGCAGCGCAAGCUCAGGUUUUGCGCAGAUCCGCCUUGAAAGCACGUCUGCAUAGGGAGAUGGGUUCUUUGAUUGCGCCACAGCCUCCCGGAGAGAUCCUCUGGAUGCGUUGGAGUAAUGACGCGUCCGCGGUUUUUGGCUUCACGUACCCGAAAGGGACACUCCUUGAGUUCAAGCAGAUGCUCAUGACUCACUACUGUCGCCACGCUGUGCGUACGGAUCUGUGAGCACACAGCACACGGACAGCCACACGGAUGAAUCUAUUGUGCCCGUCUGUCUGUCUGCCUGCCUGCCUGCCUGCCCUCAUGGAUGGGCGGCCACAUGUAGGGCUAUCGGACGGCGAGUGACAUCGUAUUGGUGGGGUACGGCUGUGCUGACGAUGGAAGACCAGCGGCAGAAGUGUUUGGCGACAGAGGCCUGGUGAAGACGGACCCCAUCGUCAUACGAGGGGGACCUCGUCCGCUCCACGCCGCCACAAACAGUGGUGAGGGAGCUUCAUGUGCCAUAGUGCCAUACACACGACUGGCUGCCCUGCCCACACUUUUGUACACGCGGAUUGGAUUGGAUUGGUUGUGCAGGUGUGUUGCCGGCUCGCCUAUCACAGCCAAGUGAACACACGGCGAUGCACAUGGUGCCUGAGGACAAGCGACAAACGGCACAAACCCAAGCUCGGGCACCUUGCACUUGCAUGGCCAUGGGCGCGCCGGUGCCAUAUGGCCACACGGCAAACACAGGUGAGGGAGGCUCAGCAGACGGCUGCACUUUUACUUCUCUUUAAGAGUCUCUGGGGGUAUGCUUCUGCAGGUCCGGUGCGCGCUGGCUGACAGGCUGACAUGGAUGGACAUGCCGACCUUUGCUGCCUGGAGUACUUGCCUCAUAUGUGCCAUAUACCUGGCACACCGGUACAGCCUGACUGACACAUUCUGACUGUUUGUCUGUCUGUCGCCACCUUCGAUUCACUAAUUCUGUUUGUCCGUCUGUCUCUCGGCACAAACAGAAUUAGUGAAUCAGUCAGUGGUGGCGACAGACUUACAGUGAGUGCAUGGUGUGGUGUGCCUUUGCUGAUCUGUUUGUUGUUUAUUUGUCAUGUUAGUUUAGUUUAUGGCGUUGAUUGAUGCGUGGCGUGAUUGAUGGUGCGUGUCCAAAGGCAGGUCGGUGUGUGGGCGAUGGAUGGAUGGAUGGAUGCUCCGUUUGUGGUCAAGUCAAGAGGAUGCGACGACGCAAUUCAUCCUUUCGCAACUUGUGUUCGUGCUAGGUGUUUGUUUGUAUGAAAAGAUGCGGCUAGUGAGUGCAUCCAUCGUUGUGGGGUGACUGUGCGUGUCGGCUGUAUGCCUGUCUAGUCUAGGUCGAUCUGCGUGUGCAUGAUCGACAGACAGACAAGAAGAUUGGACAGAAGAUAUAUGCGAAAGGGUAC